AUGGGAAAAAGAAUAACAUGUAAUAAGGUUUCUUAUAUAAGAAGUUCCAGGGGAGUUUAUAUCGGCAAAAUAGAAAAUGGACAAAAGAAUGGAUGGGGUUUACAAAUAAAUAAUAACGGAAAUAAAUAUGAAGGUUUAUUUAAAAAUGAUGAAAAAUAUUUAUUUGGGUUAGAAUUAUUAUGUUGUUUAUGUGGUCAUACGUAUAGGAAUAAAGUUGAAAAUGGAAUGUAUGGAAAAGAUAAAAUUCAUUAUAAGGAUGUAAAUAAUAGUAAUGCUUACUAUAAUAUUAAUAAUAACAAUAUUAAUUGUGAUGAUCAAUUAAACUUCCAUUGUAGUAGUGAAAACGAAUUUGUCAAAGGAAAUAUCUGCAUCCAUGAAAAUAGAUAUAUUUAUAUAGGUAGUUAUAAAAAAGGGAAAAAACACGGGAAAGGUAUUUUAAUUAAUUAUAACAAUUACUUUAUAUAUAGUUGUAUAUUUUAUAAAAACAAAAUUAUAUACGUCGACGUUUUAUUUUCAAAUGAUAAAAAAUAUAUGAACAUGAAAAAUAUAGACAUUAAACAUUAUUAUAAUAUACAUAAUAAAAAAAAAAUUUAUUUAUUUUUACAAAAAGAAUAUAAAAACAAACUUUUGGAAUUUAUAAAUUUUUAUAAUCAUAUAACACACAAAAUGAAAAAGAAACAAGAAAAUGUUCAUGACAAAAUCACUUUUUUAAAAUGUCUAAAGGAACUUUUUUUCGUCACACAUACAAAUAGGAAAAACACUCAAAUAGAGGAUAUAAUACAUACUUAUAAAAAUUAUAGUAUUAAUAGAAAUAAUAAUAUAUAUAAUAUUUUCAAGGAAGAAUUACAUAAAAUAGAACAGGCGGGAAAUAAAACACAACAUGAAAACGGACACAUGAAAACAAUUUGUAGACAUGAAGGACAUGAAAAUAUGAUAAUUUAUAACAAAAGGAAAGAAAAUAAUAAGCAUACAUCUACAAGCAGUGGUGAAAAAAAAAAUAAGCAUACAUCUACAAGCAGUGAUGAAAAAAAAAAUAAACAUACAUCUAUAAGCAGUGAUGAAAAAAAAAACAAAAAUACAUCUACCAACAGUGAUGAAAAAAAAAACAAAAAUACAUCUACCAGAAGUGAUGAAAAAAAAAAUGGCUAUUUAUUUGUUUCAGAUGAAAUAAAAACAAAAUAUAAUAUGAUAGAAAAUAUGAAAAAAAAAGAAGAACAUUAUACAAUGAUUAAUAAUAACAAAAAGAAAGAAUAUUUUUACAACUUAAAAAGUAUGAUUUAUGAAGAAGUAGAGUUUUCUCAUAAUAAUUCAAUCUAUGAUUAUGAAAAUAAAGAAAAGAACAGGAAUAUUGAAAUACCUUUUUUUUUAAAAAGACGAAAAAAACAUAAUGAUAUUGAAGAAUUUGUAUUAUUUAAAAAUGCAUAUAACAAAUGUUAUAAUUUAGAAAGUGGUAAGGAUGAUAUUAUUUAUAACUAUCAAAAGGAUAAAAUAAAAAAAGAUAAAUUAAAAGUACCAUUUUUUUUUAAAGAAAAAGGUAUAUAUAAAUUUUUUAAUAACAGUACUGAAAAGAAGGAAGAUGAAAAUAUUAUUAUACACAAAAAAAAUGAUGAAAUUAUUUAUACUGAUAAGAUAAUUAAUCAUAUAAGAACAAAUGAUAUGCCAUAUAAUAUCAUACCAAACAAAAGAGAAACGAUUGUAGAUGAUAUAAAUAGUUGUAGUAAUACUUUUUCCACUAAAAGUAAUACAGACAACGCGAAUUCUUAUCAUAUGAAUAUAUAUAGUGGUAGUAAUAAUUUUUAUGAAAAUAAAAAGAAAAAGAUUAAAAAAAGGGAUAAUAGUGAAUAUUCUUCUACAAUUAAAAAUAAAAAGAAGUUAUAUAAUGAUAAGCUAUGUAAUAAUACAUGUGUGUGUAUAAAAUCGAAAAGAACGUGCUCCUCUUUUAAAAUAAAUAAACAUGAAAAAAAAAUAAAGGAAAACUUCAAAUGUAACAUACAUAAAAAAUUAAAACAACGUGAUAAGAACUUGUUAUUUAAUAAUUACAUUUUUAAUGAUAAUUUUUUGGAUAAUGUAUUUGUUUUAAAACCUCCUAUGGAUGAAGAGGGUGAAAAAAAAAAUUAUGACAAGUUAAAACAUGAUACAUUUCCAUUAUUUUUAAGAAAUAAAGAAAAAAAAAAAAAAAAAAAAAAAAAAUUAUUUCAAGCUCAGAAUUAUAUAUACUGGAACAUUUAUGAAUUAAAUUUAUUUUUUUUUUUGGUAGGGAUACCAAAAGAAAUAUUAGAGAUUUUUAUCAAUCAUCGUUUGGAUGGUUAUUGUUUAAAAUAUAUUGAUAAGAAGUUAUUAAAAGAAAUGAAAAUAGAAAAUAAAAUAAUGAGAAAAUAUAUAUAUUUGUGUGUACAAUAUUUAUUAAGAUUAAGAGAAAAAUAUAAAUAUAAGAAGAAAAGUAAUAAUAUAUUAAAUGAAAAAAUAAAUGAACAUUUUAUUUUAAAGAAAAACCAAUUACAUAUUUUAAAUUUAAUAGGUAGAGGAGGUUAUAGUAAUGUAUAUAGAUGUAUAUAUGGUAAUAAAAAUAUAUUAAGAAUAAAUAAAGUUUUUGAUAUACAUUAUAGUAUUAAUAAUACAGCAUUAAAAAUAUUUUUAAAUAAAAAAAAAAAUAUAUUAGAAUAUUUUACAGAAUUAUUUAUUGUAUCUAAUUUAAGACAUCCAAAUGUAACAUUAUUUUUAGGAGCUUUAAAUAAUCCAAGAGCUAUAUUAUUAGAAUAUGUUCAAUAUGGAACUUUAUUUGAUAUCUUACAUAGAUAUAAAGUAAAUAUUAAAUUACAAGAUAUAAUUAAAAUAUCUAAAGAUAUAAUAGCAUUUAUGUCCUUUCUGCAUAAUAAAGGUAUUAUGCAUUGUGAUUUAAAAUCUUCAAACAUUUUAAUGUCUAUAACAAGAGAUAUUAAAAUAUGUGACUUUGGAUUAUCUGUAUUUAAUAAAUAUAACAAGCCUAAAUAUCUAGGUAUUGUAGGUACAUAUCAUUGGACAGCCCCUGAAGUAUUAAGAAGUGAAGGAUAUACAAAAGAAGCUGAUAUAUAUUCUUUUGGAGUCAUUUUAUGGGAAAUGAUUCAUAGAAAAAUUCCUUUUAGUGAGAUAAAAAACCCUUUAGAUAUUAUUGCUCAUGUUGGAUAUGCUAAUAAAAAAUUAAUUGUAACAGAUAAAAAUAUCCCAGACCAGUUAAGAUAUAUAUUGCAUUCAUGUUUACAUAAAAAUAGGCAUAAGCGAAAAUCUUUUUUAUUCUGGUCUGAAUAUUUUGAUUUGUUGUAUAAUGUUACAGAUAUCCCAAAGGAGGAUUACACCAGUUUUUUUUUUGACUAG